AUGGAUCGAGAUCGCAUUGAGCCCUUCUCGCUUGCAGGGGAAUCCGAGUCGCAACCUUCUGAACCCUUUCCCGAGUCUUCAUUCGUUCCUCCGAGGAGGCCACCGCUGGCAACGCUGCGUACUCGCGGCGAUUCGAAUCGCCCGCGUCGUCCUAGUAUCCGGAUCUCGCGCUUGGGUUCCUUCUCCUCCUUGGACACCAUCAACUCGCAGCAAGCGGAACAACCCGGGCUCUCGACCUCUCGCCACCCGACCAUACAAUCUCCUGUCACUGAAGAAGAUGAGUCCAUCCACGGUCGCCGACGCAGUAGCUCUGAGCCGCGCCCAGGGCGAUGGUCAUCCCCUCCGAACACACUUCAGCAGGUGGCAACACCUAUCCGGAUGACGCCCUUGUCGGAAGAAUCAUCCCGUCAGAGCCCGGUGCCACUCACUCCAACGCAGAGUGUAGGUGAGCAGCAUGCACCCGAGUAUCUCGAGCCGCCGCCUGCCGUGCUGGAACGACCAGCUUCUCGGAAUGUGCUGCGACGCACAAGUCAAGCGGCACUCAAUCGCUUCUCCCGUAAUCGGGCAUCAACCGUUUCAGGAGCCGCCCCGCCGGCCACGCAAGAGGAGCAACGCAGGUACGAGUACGCGCCUCAAGUAGUUGAUGUACUGGAUGUCAUCGAUCCUGAGGUUUCUGCCUUGUCUACCCUUACGAAUGUUCAGAACUCACUGUUUGUGCCUAACCUGGGUGGUUGGGUCAACCGCAUGCCCACCUACCAGCUCACGCGACACCCACCUUCUUCGGACGAAGAGCAGGGAACAACAACGGACGAAGCUGAAGCGGACUUGUCCGAAGACAGGAUACUUCAACAACGGCCGCGAUUGGAUCAGCUUCGUCCGUUUACGAGUAUGUCUUCCGUAUUGCCGGGUCCUCGCUACGCUGUACUGCCCGAAGACCAUGGGCUUGAGGGAUGGACACGGGAAGACUUUAUGGAGCUCAAUGAUCAUGUUCGACACAUGCUGCAUUCCCGUCGCUCAAAGUUCAAGCGGGCAAUGAAGGGCUUUGGACAAUACGUCCGAAAGCCGCUGGGUUUCCUCGUUACACUUUACGCAACCCUGAUCACUCUAUUUGGUCUCGCAUGGGUGCUUUUCUUGAUCGGCUGGAUUAACGUCGGUGGAAGACAAUCCUACCUCAUCAACGUCAUCGACAAUAUUCUGGUCGCACUCUUCGCCAUCAUGGGUGAUGGAUUGGCUCCCUUCCGAGCCGUGGACACUUAUCAUAUGUGCUUUAUCGCGCAUUACACAUUUUUGACGUGGAAGAUCCGCCGCAAGAAGGCGCUUCCCGAUUUGAAAGACAAGAAUGAUCUGCCAGAAACCAAAGAAAAGGACGUGGAUGUCGAGUUUGGAGACACGCCCAAAGAGGAUGAGUAUGAAUACACUGUUCUCGACGCCCGCCAGCAGCAGCGCUUGGAACACCACCAGCAGAAAUUUGCGAAGUCCCAUACGUUCUAUAAACCCCACGAAACGAUGACCCAUCAUGCUUUCCCCAUGCAGCUACUCAUCGCUAUUGUUGUCAUCCUCGACUGUCAUUCGCUCCUUCAAAUGGCUCUGGGCGCCUGCACCUGGAGCAUGGAAUCCCCGGGGGAGCGUCCAUUUGCUUUGACUACAGUCAUCCUUUGCUGCUCCAUCACCUGCAAUAUCACGGGUGGUGUGAUGAUCAUGAUUGGUGACCGACGAGCCCGAAAGAAGGACGUCGUGGAACGUCUUUUCCGACAGCAGUUGACUGAGGAAGCUAUGAAGAAGAUGGAGAAGAAGAAAGUCAAGGAGGAGCGCAAGAGUAUGCAGCAGGACCGCACCGAGUCGUUCCCCGAUGCUUAA